AUGUCGGGGCGGGAUGUGGUCUUUUCAAAUGAGGGGAGUUUGCAGAAGAGGUUGGCAGGCUUGGAAAGAGCGAUAGAGAGGAACACUAGUGCUCGUGAGAAGUGGAGUCAUGAGCCAAAGCGAUUUCUGGAGAGUGAGAUGUUGUUGGAUGAUGCUGUGAGAUUGUUCGGGGAGUUAAGCGCACAUCCGGAUUUGAUUCUAGCCUUGCCACGGCUCAACGGUUUGGAAACGUUACUAGGACUCAUGGCACAUCCUAACCCAGAUGUAUGUCAGACGGUAGUGGGCGUCUUGACUGAGUUACUGGACGUCGAGUUAAUGCCUGACGCGGCACAGAAAGCUGCGCUCUUGGAAAUGAUCGAGUACGCUCUCACCGAGUACGCGCUCUUCUCCCUGUUAGCCGAACAUCUCGACCACCUCGAUGAACAGGACAAUGAAGAGGACUACGAGGCCGUCACCGACUGCUUGGAGUUCGUCAACAACCUCUUCGAAGCCACCCCGCGCCUCGUAAUCCGCAACCUGGCCGAAAGUGAACAAAAGACACUCAAGUUUUUAUUCAACAGGCUUACCUACGAUCGUGUCGACUCCAACGGCGUCUUUGCAGUAAGUAUAGUCUGCGAUAUACUCACCUACUGCUCCAACCUCGUCGCUGAAGAAACACCACCCACCGUCACGUCCAAUGACGUCAAGAAGUCCGAAGGCGUCAAGAAGUUCAAUGACGUCGAGUCUGAGACCCUCAGCUUGCUCUUGUCCAUAGUGGAUAAUCAUCACGCCGCCAGAGGAAUGGAGAGGAUGUUAGUGGCUCUGAGCUACGGCAAGAAAAACAAUGAAUAUGAGACUGUGGAGGCGGAAGAGAUGCUUAAGUCAGUAGCCGUUGGGCUCAACGCUUGUCUGUCCACCGGUCGAUCCGAGGUUGGAGCGGUGUUCGAAGAGUGUCAAGGAACCCAGUUGUUAAUGCGACUAUUUAGGGUAGAGAGCAAGCUGUACCCUCUGGCGUUGCAGCUGUUACCCGUGGCGCUGAGAAUCUCUCCGGCCAACUGCUCGAUAUUUAUUGACAGAGGCGGUCUGAAAUGCCUCUUCCCCAUUAUGACGGGCCAGACAAAACUUUAUAAGGCGAAUAGCAUCCCGAGACUGAAGGAGAUAGAUAAUUGUAUCAGUAUUCUCUACGCGUUAGUCUUCUCAACGUCUGGCGAUUCGAAUACUCGCGUCUUGACAAAAAUUGUCGAGAACGGAAUGGAGAAGUUUAAGCAGCUUCUCCUGAUUUUGACCGAAUUGUAUGCUCAAAUGAACACACUUGAUACCGAGCUAUGUUCUCAGAUGCAGUACGAACACAAGGUAGACUGGGAUACAACCCUCAGUGAGUCAAUCGAUCAGGAGACAAAACCUGGUUACCAUUCGGCCGUAGCUUCAGGACUACUGACUCAAGAAGAUCUAGUAGUCGAAUUCAGCCUCCACGACGAGAAGUCAAAUAUCGAGCUGGGAGGUAUGUUCUCCGCCAUCCUGGACAUCGUAAGGAUUGUUAUCAAGUUGUCAAACAUGGGACAUAAAACCCUCGGUUACGCCGUACACUAUACGGUCAACUACAACCCAGAAAUAUCAAAAAUCAUUCAUGCCGUCAUCAAAGAAAACGACUUUUUUCGUGGAGGAGAGGAAAGGAAUCAAUAUAUACAGUUCAAGAAGCGACAUGAAGCCAUGGUAGCAUCAGCAUCAGCGCAUCUGUCGGAGGCAACCGAUCGAAUCGCAAAAGCUGCGGAAGAACAGAGGGAGCAGGAAAAGGGGAAGAUCGCCAAAAGUCAGACGGAGAAGAACCGAGCCAAAAGUCAGACGGAGAAGAACCGAGACACGCGGCAGCGACACAAAAUCAGGCGACUGGACGCAGAAGCGAAGCGAUUACAAGCGAUUGAAGAGUCGAGAUACGAUCAAAAGCGGUAA